AUUUCUGUUUCCCAGGCCUUUAAAUCCCCUCCCGUUCCAUUGGCAGUAGCAUAGUCCAUUGAUCGAUCACAUGCUCCAAUACCGAUCACGUUCCAAGCGAAGAUCAAUGCAAGGUGGUGUUGAGGGAUCGACGGCGAUGGUGGCAGCGCGGAACGGCGACGUGGAGGCACUGCGUGAGCAUGACGAGGGAUACCAUGAGCAGCAGCGGCCGCUGUUGGCGAAGCGCUCCGCCGUUGAGGACGGCGGCGGCGGCAUGAGCCCGAUCCAGCGGGCCAUCAGCCAGACGUACCAGAGCACGGCGCACCUGGCCGCGCUGCUCCCGACGGGCACUGUGCUAGCGUUCCAGCUGCUGUCCCCGAUAGUCACGGCCCAGGGCCACUGCAUCCGCGCCAACCGCGCCAUGGCGGGCGCGCUCGUGGCGCUCUGCGCGCUCUCCUGCUUCGUGCUCAGCUUCACGGACAGCUUCAGGGACGCCAAUGGCGCCGUGCGGUACGGGUUCGCCACGUACCGGGGGCUCUGGAUCAUCGACGGCGGGGCGGCGCUGGACCCGCAGGCCGCCGCGGGCUACAAGCUCCGGUUCCUGGACUUCGUGCACGCGGCGGUGUCCGUGAUGAUCUUCGCCGCCGUCGCGCUGUUCGACCAGAACGUGGUGUCGUGCUUCGACCCGGCGCCGUCGGAGGACACGAGGCAGGUGCUCACGGUGUUGCCGAUAGCCAUUGGCGUGAUCGGGAGCAUGCUGUUCGUGACCUUCCCGACCACUCGCCACGGCAUCGGCUUUCCGCUCUCACAGCACUAAUUUAGAACCUAUUUGUGUUCAUUCCCAUUUCCAGUCCUUGUAAAUAAAUCACACGAUCUUGCCGUGAACUCCGCCUAGGGGAGGUGACUGAUGAAUAGAAGCGCACGACGCUUGUGUUCUUAUACUUGAUGCUACUAUAAAUCAGCUUGUUGGUGACGAAACUUCUACUCUUGGGCGGUACGUAGCAGUAAUUUACAAGGAAUCAUGCAUUGCUAUACUGACAUCAAACCAAAGGAAGAACAAGGAAGCAUGUAUACCACACCAAAACAGCAAGAAACAAGCUGAUACUUGCAAGCAAAGUUGCCGGACGUAUUCUGCAAAAGGAGACAUGCCAAACUCUGCCAAAGGAGCACUGAUCAGUUGGCCAAGAAAUUUUCCCCAUCUAUCCAGCGCCUGACGGGAAUGAAAACUGGGAGAGCUCAACCGGGCUCCGCCGAGUUUACCACACUGGCAGCGGCACGCAAUGCCCGUGCCAGUGACGACUACGCAGUCCUGAGUCUCCUGACGUCCU